AGACCCAUAAUGCAUUUCGGCUAGCAUACUGUUCUGAUUUUCAGGCUUUGCAGUACAUACACAAUGGCUGCGCGAAAUCACUACGCGAUCCUUUAAUAUGCACCCAGCUGAAAAAGCCGAGGAAAAGGGUACCACUGGACCAGUCUCAAAAUGACCACCGGCUUCAGCUCGAAUUCAUGUCGAUUCGCAGAUUAUUUUGUUAUCUGCGGACUUGACACUGAAAGCGGGCUUGAACCAGACGAACUGUCAGCUUUAUGCCAGUAUAUAGAGGCUACUAAAUUCAGAGAUGGGGCCAGAGGAUUGGCGAGUGCAGAUGAAGGUGAGAAUUUUGAGCAGAGUCCACUGCGGAGAACCUUUAAAUCCAAAGUUUUAGCGCACUACCCAGAGAAUGUGGAGUGGAGUCCCUUUGACCAGGAUGCCGUUGGCAUGCUGUGUAUGCCAAAGGGUCUGGCCUUCCGCACGCAGGCGGACACACGCGAGCCUCAGUUCCAUUCCUUCAUCAUCACGCGGGAGGACGGCUCGCGGACGUACGGCUUUGCACUCACUUUCUACGAGGAGGUGACCAGCAAGCAGAUCUGCAGUGCCAUGCAGACCCUGUACCACAUGCACAAUGCUGAACAAUACGACAUCCUGCACACCCCCACCACCCCGCGGUGCCCRGAGGWCCAGCGCCACCUCCAUCCCCACCCMCUCAACCCCCACCCCCAACARACGCUUCUCCCCACGCCCUCCAUCUCCCGGCUGCAGCGCUUCAACUCCUACGACAUCAGCCGCGACACGCUCUACGUGUCCAAGUGCAUCUGCCUCAUCGCGCCCAUGGCCUUCCCCCAGGCCUGCAGGAAGGUGCUCCAGCAGCUCCACCAGGCCGUCUCCUCCCCCCAGCCCCCACCCCUCCCCUUGGAGAGCUACGUCUACAACAUCCUGUACGAGGUGCCCCUGCCUCCCGCUGGGCGCUCCCUGAAGUUCUCGGGGGUGUAUGGGCCAGUGGUGUGCCAGAGGCCCAGCACGGCAGAGCUGCCUCUCUUUGACUUCCCUAUCAGCCAGGUGUUUGAGCUGCUGGGGGUGGAGAACGUCCUCCAGCUGUUUACCUGCGCCCUGUUGGAGAUCCAGAUCCUGCUCUACUCACAGCAUUACCAGAGGCUGAUGACUGUGGCGGAGAGCAUCACAGCCUUAAUGUUCCCUUUCCAGUGGCAGCAUGUCUAUGUGCCCAUCCUGCCCGCCUCACUGCUGCACUUCCUGGAUGCCCCAGUGCCCUACCUGAUGGGCCUGCACUCCAACGGAGAGGGUGACCGCACKAAACUAGAGCUGCCUCAGGAGGCCAACUUGUGUUUCGUGGACAUCGACAACCACUUCAUCGAGCUGCCAGAGGACCUCCCUCUGUUCCCCAACAAGCUAGAGUUCAUCCAGGAGAUCUCCGAGGUGCUGUUGGCCUUCGGCGUGUCUCCUGAGGGGAACCCGUUCCACAGCCAGGGCCAGGCCAAACACCGGGGCUUCCGCUCCACCGACAUGGUUACGGACAGACGCAACGGCAACCUGGCCAGCUCGCCCCUCAACUCCUACCUGCUGAGGGAGAACGAGACCAUCGCUAGACUGCAGGCCCUGGUCAAGAGGACUGGGGUCAGCCUGGGGAAGCUGGAUGUGAGGGAGGAUGCCAGCAGCAACAAGGACCUGAAGGUGCAGUGUGAUGAGGAGGAGCUGAAGAUGCACCAGCUCAACAUCCAGGUGCGAGAGGUCUUCGCCAACCGCUUCACCCAGAUGUUCGCCGACUACGAGGUGUUUGUCAUCCAGCCCAACCAGGACAAGGAGUCCUGGUUCAGCAACAGGGACCAGAUGCAGAACUUUGACAAGGCAUCCUUCCUCUCUGAUCAGCCUGAGCCCUACCUGCCCUUCCUGUCCCGUUUCCUGGAGACUCAGAUGUUCGCCUCCUUCAUCGAUAGUAAGAUCCUUUGCCAUGAUGAUGAGGACAAGGAACACACGUUGAGGGUGUUUGACUCUCGCGUGGACAAAAUCCGCAUGCUGAACGUGCGCACGCCCACCCUGCGCACCUCCAUGUACCAGACGUGCACCAAUAUCGACGAGGCGGACAAACUCCUUCAAAAGCGAUAUGAGAAAAUUGAUUUUGUCUCCCCUGAACCUCACUCCAUUGGGUUAGAGAUCUACAAGGCUCACCUUAAGAAGGCCAUAGAGAUGCGGGUGGUUAAGAUCGACCACACGGCCCUGCAUCCCCACCUGCUGGAUAUGAAGAUUGGCCAGGGUCGCUACGAACACGGCUUCUUCCCCCGMCUGCAGUCUGACGUGCUCUCCACUGGACCCGUCAGCAACAAAUGGGCGAAGAGGAGUGCUCCAGCACAGUGGAGGAGGAAGGACAGACAGAAACAACACGCUGAACACCUUUACCUGGACAACGACCAGAGAGAGAAAUACAUCCAGGAGGCCAGGAACCUGGGCACUACCAUCCGGCAGCCCAAGCUGUCCAACCUCUCCCCUUCCGUCAUCGCUCAGACCAACUGGAAGUUUGUGGAGGGUCUGCUGAAAGAGUGCAGGAAUAAGACCAAGCGCAUGCUGGUUGAGAAGAUGGGCAGGGAGGCGGUGGAGCUGGGUCAUGGGGAGGUCAGCAUUACAGGCGUGGAGGAGAACACACUUAUCGCCUCCCUCUGUGACCUGCUGGAGAGGAUCUGGAGCCACGGGCUGCAGGUCAAACAGGGUAAAUCUGCCUUGUGGUCCCACCUGCUCCACUAUCAGGAGAGCAAAGAGAAGACGGAUGCAGCACCGGCCGGUUUGGGUCCCCCAGGUCUCAUCCACAACAUAGAGAGACGCAAGUCUGACGCUGGCGCUGCCUUGCCCCCUCUCAAGGUAUCCCUGAUCAGGGACAUGAGACACAUCCAGAACAUUGGGGAGAUCAAGACAGACGUGGGCAAGGCCAGGGCCUGGGUGAGGCUCUCCAUGGAGAAGAAACUGCUGUCCAGGCACCUCAAAAAGCUGCUGUCUGACCAUGAACUUACAAAGAAACUAUACAAGCGUUAUGCUUUUCUGCGCUGUGACGAUGAGAAAGAGCAGUUCCUGUACCACCUCCUCUCCUUCAACGCUGUGGACUACUUCUGUUUCACCAAUGUCUUCACCACCAUCAUGAUCCCAUACCAUGUGCUGGUGAUUCCCAGUAAGAAACUAGGAGGCUCCAUGUUCACAGCCAACCCCUGGGUGUGUGUGUCUGGGGAGCUGGCUGAGACCGGGGUGCUCCAGGUCCCCAAGCACACUCAGGAGAUCACCUUUGAGUGCCAGAACCUAGGCAAGCUGACCACAGUGCAGAUGGGCCAUGAUAACUCAGGUCUUUACGCCAAGUGGCUUGUGGAGUAUGUUAUGGUCCGGAAUGAGAUCACAGGUCAUGCUUACAAGUUCCCGUGUGGCCGGUGGCUGGGGAAGGGGGUGGACGAUGGCAGUCUGGAGAGGGUCCUGGUGGGAGAGCUAGUGACACCGAACUCAGAGAAUGAGGACAGAAUGUGUCGCACGCCCCCCAUGCAGCAGUCCCCUGGGAUGAUGAGGAGGUUUGUCACCAUCUCACCAAACAGCAAACCAAAGUUGAACACUGGUCAGAUCCAAGAGGGAGUGGGAGAGGCCAUCAAUGGGAUAGUGAAGCACUUCCACAAGCCAGAGAAGGAGAGGGGCAGUCUGACCCUUCUGCUGUGUGGYGAGUAUGGUCUAGUCUGGGCUUUAGAGCAGGUGUUCCAGCAUGGCUUCAAAUCCCCACGCCUCUUUAAGAAUGUCUUCAUCUGGGACUUCUUAGAAAAGUCACAAGUGUACUUUGAGAGUGCUGAGCAGAGGGAGGUGACUCCAGAUGAGAACUGGCAAACCAGAGUACGCCACUUCUGCCGCUUUAUGCGGGCCAUCAACAGCACAUCUAGGAACAUAGGCAAGGAUGGGAAGUUCCAGAUGCUGGUGUGUCUGGGUGCCAGGGACCAUUUGUUACACCACUGGAUCGCUCUCCUCGCAGACUGUCCAAUCACAGUCCAAAUGUACGAAGACACAGCACUGAUAAAGGACCGCUCAUUGGUAAAUUCUCUGAUCAGAGUGCUACAGACUUUGCAGGAGUUCAACAUUACCCUAGAAGCUUCACUUGUCAAAGGGAUCGGUAUCUAGGCCCUCCUUCGUUCACACCAAUUGGACCUGACUAAGGAAGACUGUUAGGGACCACUAAAGAACAAUUAAACCUUUUUAUGCAGYAAGAGACUUGAACAAUUAAGGGACGAUUUCUGGCUUAUAUUAAAGCUACUGUUACAUUUGCCAUAUAUUAAGUGCAAUGAGCCUUUCAAAAUGUGUUGUUAUUUUUAUCCUCAACAAUGUUGCUGUUAGACGUUAAGAAUAUGUUUUCUAUUACGAUCCGUGACUUUCACUUUGUUGAAGAAGAUAACCCACCUGUUGUAUACUACUUUAUUGAAAGCUAAAUAUUUUCAUUGUUAUUGUGAACUGCUGACAARGGCUAUAUUCUAAAAAGGAAAACAAGGAASAAAAACUGUUAAUAUAUUUUCYGAGAAGAACAGUAUUAUUUUGAUAUGUCUGUCAAGUUGCUUGCUCUGUUCUAAUUCUAACUGUCAUAAUGCAGAGCUUGAAGCAAAUGAUGCAGAAMUAUGCUUUAUAAGUAUGAAUAUGACAUGGUAUAGAUGUUUGUGUAGGGUGGYAAACUGAUUCARCUAKAUCAAUAUGACAYUGMGUAAGUUUGGAUCAAUCCCKCUGGAAGUACCGUAGMAUGCAACUAUUUUAUAUGGAUAACUUGGCCUAAGAAGAGGCUCCUGAAUAAGAUAAUGUAGCGUAUGCUAGUGAUGCACAAUAUGUAUUCAGUUGGAGAAGUAUCACRAUACGGCCAUGUCAGUGCUUCACACUUGACACACAACUCUUCAACAGUACAGUACUCAUCAUAACCAUGGCUUGGUAGAAAGUGAGUCAUUUAUAAAAUGACAGCCUUCGUGUAAAUACCUCUAACCAGUGCAUCCUUCUUUCCAACAACUUCUCAUUAUUCCACACCUGUUCUGCCCAUUCCUGGCAGGUUUACAACAUGUCUGUUCAGUAGUGAGAAUUGAAUGAGCUGAUUGCAAGUUAAAUUAAUAAUGAGUGGUACAUAUGGUUGCUAUAAAAGGCCAGAUUCAAAAUAGAGCAAACGAUUCUCCUCUGAACUGUUGGCGUUUCUGCUAUGCAAUAUAAUCCACAUCACACAAAAAAAUCUACCCAAGAUCUAGAUGAGAAUCAUUGGACCUCCUCCAUUUUUCUUACUGAUGAUGAAUAACAAUAGCAGUUUGAUAGAAGUAGGUGUGAAGGAUGUCUUUCCUGUGCCAAUGUCUGGAUUGUGUUGGUUGUACUAUUCCAUGUACAAUCGAAAUGAGCAUCUUGGGAGAUAUAUUUUUGUUUUUCAAUACUGUUGUACAUUUGACAUAGCCGUAUAAUGUAGUGUUUACUAAGUGAGGAAAUGUGUACAGUGUAAAAAAACAAAUAAAGAAUACAAUUACAGAAAUGCA